AUGAACUCGACUCCAUCAUUCGCAAUAAACAUCUGGAAACCUCGUGUCCGAGAAUCCAACACUGAACUUCCUGAAGGCUUUGUUCCACUGCCUUAUACUGUUCACAUUGGACGUGGGAGAGUCUGUUCCGAAGCCACAGGCAAUCGUCGAUUGAAAGUAAUAGUUGAUAGCUUUCUUCAAGACUAUCAAAAGGCAAAGACCAAGAUUGAAAAGUCUGUAAUUGUAUCCAAGAUUGUGGAUAUUGUAUAUGAUGCAUGUGGUUCAGCAGGAGCCUUUGUGAAGUACCAAGGCGGAAAAUGGUUGGAAGUUGGAGACUAUGCUGCCAGAGAAAAGGUUGGAUCGAUGCUUCGAGAUGCUCUUUCGGAAAAGUACCGAUCCAGUAGCAAGGCCAAGCUUGCAAGAAGAAAACAAGUCAAAAAACAAGUCUAUCAAGCUGCAGAGAGCAACGUCAUCAAUGCAAUCCUAAGUUUCAAACACGAAGAAGAGAGUACUGCUUCACCAACCUUCACUGACAAGAAAACAGCAGAGAAGGCCAAAGAACCCUCCUCCAAGAAACAAGGUCCCAAGAGUGCUCUUAGUUCGUCUUCAUCGUUUUCAUGGUCACCUACAAAAACGCACCUUCCCACCCCUAGUGGACUUCCAGUGCUUCGCCCCGACUUGAAACAAGACAAAGACAGCACUCCAAAACCAACAGAAUUUAGCUUUCUCUCGAACACUGCACCAAUUUCAAGGUCAAUAUUUGAUGAUACCAGCUACCAUGGGCCCUCCGCAGCAGCUGAGUUUCAACAGCAAGACUGGCAUUUCACUCUAUGA